GUGUUCGGCCAUCUUCUACAAUGGGCCUCGGGUUGCGCUCUCCAUCCAAUAAAUUCACCGUUUGCUACAACAUCAAGUCCUUUUGACCCACAUCUUACAUUUUAGAGUCGAAAUUUCUCAUUUGCCCUCAUCCUCAACAUGCCGGAAUCAGCAGCACAGCAGCUUGUGAAGCUCAUCGCGAAAGCAGUCCAAGACAUUGAAGAAGAUAUUUCCGUCCGGAUCCCAGGUGGCACACCAGCCGACGUGAACCUGCCUCAAGUUGCUCCUGAAGAGAACUUGCCCUUGACGGCGCAACGCAGAGAUGCCAUCCGAACCUUGAAAGCUGCCACACACCAGUUACUCGCUACUUUAAUGCCCGUCGGUUUACAAGUUCAAGAGCUCCAGCAUUCUUAUCUGCAGACCGUCGCAAUAGGCAUCGCUGUGGAAGGACGGAUCGCAGACUUGAUUCAUUCGAUCGAUCCUGAAUCAAGCAAAGGAGGCGUCCAUGUCGAACUGCUAGCCAAGAAGGCAGGGAUGGACCCCCGUAAAUUAACCCACACCCUCCGCUUCUUGGCCUUGCGCAAUGUAUUCUGCGAAGUGACUCCCAAUCAUUGGGACAACACUCGAUCCUCUUUUCCUCUGCGCACUGAUUCGCCAAAUAGCCAAUGGUAUUACCUCAAGACGAACAGAGAAAACAUCGCCUUGCCGGCGUUGAGCGAGCUUCCGGCUGUCUUUUUGGACUCCCAAGGGGGUGGGGCCACAAGUUGGGAUCCCUCUCAGACUGCAUUUCAAAAGUAUUAUAAGCCCGAUUGUGGAUUCUUCGAAUUCUUGGAAAAAUCGGACAACGGUUUGAAGGCCGAAAUGUUUGGGAAAAGCAUGAUCGAAAUGGCCCGGGCCACAAGCACUGGGGCGGCAGAUUACAAACCAUUCCAUUGGGAAAAACUCGGAUCGAACGGUGUCCUGGUUGAUGUGGGAGGUGGGAUCGGUGGAGCUGCGUAUGAUAUUUCCACAUAUCUUCCUAAAUGGAAGAUCGUGGUACAGGAUCGACCUGAAGUGGUGAAGCACGGAAAAGAAAAUUAUCAAAAAAAGUGCUCUUCAGCCGACAUCGAAUUCGAGGAAUCAGACUUCUUCAGUGACCAACCAGCGCAUCGUGUUGGGAAGACAGAUGCUUAUUUCCUUCGACGAGUCUUACAUGAUUGGCCCUUCACGUCCUGCGUCCAGAUUUUGACCCGUUUACGACGCAGUGCGAAGCCGACGACGCGAUUGUUAAUUUGCGAGACUGGUCUUGUGCCUGGGCUGGUUGACUCGAAUUCUCCAAUCCUCUCGAAUGGAGGAAUGUCUUCAUCCUUGGCCCACAGCUUGAACCUUUGCAUGCUCACUCUUUUCAAUUCUGAAGAGCGUAGCAAAGAAGAUUUUGAAGAAAUUUUCAACUCGUCUGGUUGGAAAUUGCAGUCGGUCACUCCGUUAGCUUCUUUCUUGGAUUGGUGCAUAUUUGAAGGGGUACCCAAUCCCGACUUUCACUAGUGAUGGGAAACUUGCUGAGGAGGAUCUUUCUUCACAAACUCAAACAUUGUUCGCAGCUUCCUCUCAUGUAUGAUGUCUAAAUUAUUCUCCUUCUUUGAAUCUACAAUUUCCUGUUUUGUACGUGAGCAGGACUUUCAAGUUUCCUUCUAAAAUGCAAAUGACAUUAGGACAGAAAAACAUAACAUCACGCACUCCCUGAG